AUGCUUUAUUUAUCUGCUGCUGUCUCUGAUUAUUAUCUUUCAAAUAAUGAACGUCCAGAGCAUAAAAUACAAACAAAAUCAAAAAUUAUUCAUCAAAAUAAUGAUGGCGAUAAUAAUAAUAAUAAUAAUGACAAAUCAAUACAAGCAGUAGAAAAUUUGAAUUUAACACUAAAACCAGUACCAAAACUUAUGAAGCUAAUCAAUACAUUAUGGGCACCUAAUUCUUAUGUGAUAAGUUUUAAACUAGAAACAGAUAACGAACAAUUAUUGAUAAAAGCCCAGAAGUCAUUACAAGUCAAUCAUUCCAAUAUUGUUGUUGCCAAUCUUCUGCAUACACGAACAAAAGAAGUCUGGUUAGUGCAUAAACAGAAUGAUAAGGAAAGUAUAACUAUUGAUCAUAUAAACAUACAACAGUUGGUUGAUAAACAAUCCAGAUAUUCAACAUCCUCCUCCUCACCAUCAUCAUCACCAGGAGAUAUUGAGUCUGUUUUAAUUCCUCGUCUUAUAGAACUACACGAACAGUAUAUACUUCAAAGACAAUAA